CGCACCUCCAAACCCCACCCCGUCGCCCUCCCUCCCUCCCGAACCCUAAAUCCGCGAGCCGUCGCCGCCCGUGGCCCGAUGGGGUUCGUGGAUCCGGCGGCGCCGCUGCUGGCGACGUGCGGCGGCGACACGGUGAAGCUCUUCGACGUCACGGUGGAGUCCGGCGACCCCUGCGUCCUCGCAUACACCCCCGCGCCCGGCAACCCCGUCAACGCCGUCAAGUGGAACCACACCAAUCUAAUUGUAGCAAGCGCCGGGGAUGAUAAGAAGAUCUCAUUGUGGCAUAAAAAAGGUCAAAAUGUAGGACAGCUACCAACAUCCACUGUUGAUCGUGGUGAUGACAUAGAGGAAUGCAUUUAUUCUAUCAGUUUUAGCAACAAAGGUUCUCGAUAUCUUUGCUCUGGUGGGAGUGGCCAUAUUGUCAGAAUAUGGGAUUUGCAGCGGAAGAGAUGCAUCAAAUGGCUAAGCGGUCACACUGACACAAUUACUGGUGUAAUGUAUAACUGCAAAGAUGAACAUUUGGCAUCAAUCAGCAUGAAGGGGGAUCUCAUUCUUCACAAUCUUGCUUCUGGAGCACGUGCUGCUGAACUUAGUGAUCCAAAUGGACAGGUUUUGAGAGUGCUUGAUUAUUCACGAAACAGUAGACAUUUAUUGGUGACAGCAGGAGAUGAUGGUUCUGUGCAUCUUUGGGAUACAACUGCAAAGUCUCCGAAGGUGUCAUGGCUGAAGCAACAUUCUGCACCCACAAGUGGUGUUUGUAUCUCGCCAUCAAGUGACAAGAUAAUUGCUACGGUUGGCCUGGACAAGAAGUUGUACACAUUAGAUUCAUCGUCAAGAAGACCAACACACACCAUUCCUCAUGAGGCCCCAUUCUCCUCAUUGGCAUAUAAUGAUGAUGGUACUAUAUUAGCUGCAGGCACAAAUAGUGGACGUGUGAUAUUCUAUGACGUCCGGGGAAAACCUCAGCCAUUGACCAUUCUUCGUGCCUACAAUAGCUCUGAGGCUGUGACAGGUUUAUGUUGGCAACGGUCGAAACCUGUCAUUGUUAAUGAGAACAGUUCUUCUGAAGUUGCUCUUCUUGGGGGAACUAGUGAAGAGUCUGUUCUUAUGCCAGAUCCCUUGCCUUCAGCAACACCUACAAGUUUUUCUUCUGGAGUGGUCACUGUAGGUCUUCGCUCUUCUUUGACACCAAACACAAGUGGCUUUCUUUCAACCUCAAACUCUUCUACCAUGGAGGAAACUCCAUAUAGAGCACGUCCGUUAUCUGGAGGACCAUUAUCAAAGCUACAGGCUCCUCGUAGUAACUAUAAUCUAAAGGAUGAUAUGGAUGUCUUUUCUCCACUUGUUGAUGUCCAGCCUUUCACACCAUCUAGUGGCAGCUGGUGGGAUGAGCAUGGAAAUGAUGAUACCAAAAAAGAUGAUAAACCAGGAGAAAAGAAAUUGUCAACAACUAGGAAGUUUUCGUAUAUGGAAGGGAAUGAUGAGCCUCAUGCAAUCUCAGAUUGGAGGUCUACUGCAAAUUCAAGACAGGACUUCUCAUCUGUGACUACUACAUCCAUGCCAUCAUGGAAAAGUGAACUGUCUAUAUCUUCGCCAGAGACAGCAACUGGAAAUGCAUUACCAGAUAGGCUAACUCAACGUCAACAGAUCUCACGCUUUGGGGCUUCAGCCUUUUCAACAGGUGGCUUGGCUUUUACAGCCUUACAAGAUUCAUCUUCCACCGGUCACUCGCUGAAGGGUUCUCUAACAAGUAACAUUUUAAUGAACCUACAAAACAAGGGCAUCUUGAGCAACUCACACUCUUCCCUGGACGCAUCGUCUCCCAACCUUCAGAGUUCACUUCUCUCAUCCUAUGGUUCGAAGGCUGUUUCAUCUGUGAAUCCUGAUCAAACAGGAGAGGCACAAUCCAGUUCUAUGUGGAGGCCAACAACAUAUACUGAUAAAAUGAGCUCAUCUUCUGUUUUUAGUGAUGGGUUAGCUUCAGCGUUUGGCUCACCGAAAUCAAAGAAGACGGGAGCUGAAACAAAAGAUGAGUUGCUCAGUAGUCUUUUGUCAAGACAAGAGGCUGCAACUGCCUCUUCAUCUCCAAGCCCUCUAGCAAGCAAUGGGGUAGGGCCGCCACAAUUGUCAAACACAAGUUCUUCAACUGAUCAGCAGGGAGCUUCUUCCUUCUCACUUCAGUAUGUGCAGCGCAUGCUUGAAGAAUCUCUUGGGUCUGUUCAGAAGUCCAUCCAUGAGGAUGUGAGAAAUCUCCACAUUGAACUUUUAAGACAGUUUCACAUGCAGGAGAUGGAAAUGUCUGGCGUGCUGAAUUUGGUCCUGGAGAAGGUGGAAGGCCUGACAAAGGAAGUGCAGCAACUAAGAAGGGAGAACCAACAGCUCCGGCAGCAGCUUCUCUAAUCUUUGAUUGGUGGGAUGGGGGUGUUGGGGCUGCGGUGUUCUCAGUUCGGCAUUGUUGUGCUUUGUGGAAGGGAAUCGGUUUCUCUGACAUGACGUGUCAAUGUGACGUGGUCUACGUCAGAUGGGCCCCAUGCUCAUUGGGCCCGCACAUCAGCGACCAUGUCAAGGUGCAGUUAUGUUAGAGGAUCUCCUUCGGGAAGUGGAAGAUAGCAGUAUCCACUGGUUUCUGAGGUAGGCCCGGAGAUGGUUUAUUCGUAUGUUGGUUUGUCUAGUUCAUGACAAAUAGGAAGUUCAUGUUCGACACCGUUGUACAUAUAAGCCUCCUAGUUUAGAAGCAUAUUGAUUUAUCGGUUUCUCUAUUUGUUAUGUUGUGGUGGACUGGUUCCAUAUGUUGGUGACACCUGGGCGGCCUAAUUUUGGAUGGCCUAUGUGAAAGGCUAACAACAGAGAGGUUUUCAAUCCAGAGUGACUUUUCUGCACACGGGCUCAGGUGCCCACCCAUAUGCAUCACCGUCAGAAUAGAUACUAACGGCACGGAUUUUUUUGAUAAGCUAACAGAGACUAACGGUGUGAACUGAUCCAAAAGCUCUUUUUUCUCACGGGAUGGACCAACGACGACCUUAUUCUUAUGCCCACAUCUCCUCCAUCCCCCCCAAGACCUGAGCAGUACUCCUCUUCCUCCCUACUGGUGCUCAUCCCUCCUCCACAGGCUGCGGAUCCAUGGCUGUGGGUUCUUGCCGGUGGGCUCCUACCCUUCGUCUCCAUCUCAUCUACAUGCAGAGGAAUGGUUGGAUUAGCGAAGAAUGUGGCGGAUCUGCUGAGGAACAUGCUCCACGGAGGUUGUUUUCUCAUGCAUAGCUGGAUUUCUCGACAUUCUCUCCAGCUUUUCGUUGGGUGUGUUAGGAUGAUUCUAGCUCUCUUGUUGAGCCUUGUUCAUUGCUUCUGUUAAUGUGUGUUCUUGAUUUUACCCCUGCGGUGGUGUCUUUUAUUGUAUCUCAUAUUACAGGCUUACCUCACAUCAUAUGAGGGUCGCGUAUAGAUGCAAAGAUGCAUGGAUUUUUUUUCUUUGUUGUUGUCAGGUUUUUUCUUUUUUGACAAAGAUUUCAUCAACGAGAUUGGAAUGGAAAGAGGACGAUUGGAAGUUCUUUCGACUA